AUGAAGGGCGACGACAAUACUCUUUCUCCACUCCCUCCCGACAUGCGCCAUGGGCUUGAAGCCGUGGUCGCCUUUUCUGGCCUUUCCUUUGUCACAUCUUCCACGCUUCUUGUCUAUCUCAUCGGCCGACUAGCACUGUGGCUUUCGAGGACGUGCCCGAAACGGUUGCAGUCAUCUACGCAAACCGACGACGUCGUUAGGCUACCCCAAGAACUUAGUACUCGAUACCACGCACAUACCAGCGAGAAACAAAGACGUGUUCCAAGCCAGUUCCUCGUCCUUCUACUCAACGUUCUCCUGGCAGAUACGAUCCAAGCUUGCGCCUUCCUCUUAAGCAUCAUAUGGCUAGUGGAGGAUGGUAUCGCCGGCAACUCGCCAAGAUGCCGGGUGCAAGGGUGGCUCAUCUCGACGGGGAACUUCGCCUCGACCGCCUUUGUUGCGGCCAUUGCGGUCCACACCUACCUGACGCUUGUAAGAGGAAUCAGGAUACCAUACAAGAUUUUCUACGGUGUCGUCAUCUUCCUGUGGCUCUUCGUGCUUCUCGCGUCUCAACGGCGCAGGCGCCGGGGCUUCUACGUCCGCGACGGGGCUUGGUGCUGGAUCAAUACCAAGUAUGCAAUCUUGCGUGUCACGCUACACUAUAUAUGGAUGGUUCUCUUGAUCACAAUGGGCACCAUAUCUUACGUCGCGGUUUUCGUUCACUUUCAUCGGAAGGACAAGGCCGUGGCUGUCGUGGAGGAAGCUUUUGUCGAUGCCGCUCCCGGUCUCACGGGUUCGCCUCAUAUAUUGAGGCGGAAGGACCAGGAGACGGAUGUAAAAACGCGUGUUGUCUUUUUGAUGUAUCCUCUCGUUUUCCUCCUGUGCACAGCGCCUCUGGCUCUGGGACAAGUGAUGCAGCACGGCGGCGUCAAGCUCCCGACGGCAUAUCUUGCUUGGGCUGGCGUGAUGAUCUCCUCCAACGGAUGGCUCGACGUGCUGGUAUUUUCGUUCACGCGGGGCCGCAUCCUCUUCGUCGCGCCCGUUGGCGAGCAAAACGUGAGACUCGACACGUUCGAGCUUACCCCGAUGGGCCGGCAGUAUGGCUACCGAGUGUGGAUCCACAGCGGGCCGCCGGAAGACUCCCAGACUCCCGGACGGGUAGGCAUCUUCGCCUCGGAGGGCCGCCAUGAUCGCUGCGAGAGCCAAAAGUCACUGCGAGGCCGGGACGUGUGUGACCCCGAAGGCAUUCAGCUCGAGACGGUCACCCGGGUUUUCGUCGAAGAGCCUGACAGAAAGAUUGAUUCAAUGGCUUCAGAGACUGUUGGCAAGCUCUUUCAACAGAGCGUUGACUCCUGCAAGUGA